AUGUCCAACGUCUCCAAGGUGACAGGAUUCCUCCUGCUGGGAUUCUCAGAGGUCCGAGAGCUGCAGCUGGUCCAUGCCACGCUGUUCCUCCUGAUCUACCUGGUGGCCCUGACGGGGAAUCUCCUCAUCAUUGCUGUCACCCUCCUGGACCGGCGCCUCCACACCCCCAUGUACUUCUUCCUCAGGAACCUGUCCGUCCUCGACCUCUGCCUCAUCACCAUGAUCGUCCCCAACUCCGUCCUCAACUCCUUGACCAACUGCAACUCCAUCUCCUUCUUGGGCUGUGCCGCUCAGGUCUUCUUAGUGGUCCUCUUUGCCGGUUCAGAGUUUCUCCUUCUCACGGCGAUGUCCUAUGACCGCUACGCCGCCAUCUGCCUCCCCCUGCGCUAUGAGCUCAUCAUGAACAACACGGCCUGUGGAAAGAUGGCGGCCACCUCCUGGCUCACCGGGGUGAUGUUUGGGGUUUUGUAUUCAGCUUCAACUCUCUCCCUGAGCUUUUGUGGGUCCAACCUCGUCCAGCAGUUCUUCUGUGACGUCCCCUCCCUGCUGAAGAUCUCCUGCUCCGAGGAGCACAUCGCCAUCGACGUGAGCGUCACCGGUGGGAUAGCUUUAGGUGUCGUCUGCUUCAUUCUCAUCAUCGUCUCGUAUGUGCGUAUCUUCCGGGCCGUGCUGAGGAUGCCGGCCUCCGAGGGCCGGGCCAAAGCCUUCUCCACCUGCCUGCCCCACCUGGUCGUCGUCACUCUCUUUGUCAUGACUUGUUUCUGCGCUUACCUGAGGCCUCCGUCAGGUUCCCCCUCGACGCUGGACCUGCUAUUGUCCGUGUUCUACACCGUGGUGCCCCCGGCCCUGAACCCCCUCAUCUACAGCCUGAGGAACAGGGACAUGAAGGCCGCACUGGGGAGAGUCCUA